CCUGCAAUAUCUGUAUCGGCGCUAGUUUUGCUUUCGAAUAGAGGUGUAGCUCGCAGCGAACACAGCACGUUGGUGUGUGUUUGCAAAGCGGCUGUUGCCUUUUGCAUUCUCAUUAUUAUCAUUUAAAAUGCUUGGUGGUUAUUAACAACGUCGACACAAACGACGAUAAGACUUGAGUAUAACCACAAAAAGAAGACAAAUAAUAUGUUUAAGCAUUGGCAAAAAGUCAAAAAAAUAUCUAAAAAUCGGUUUGUUAAAGGGCAUGGUGUGCUUAAAAUGGAUAGAACGCAAAAUUUUCAGUCAAGAGAAACAAUGAUCGUAUUUGUGUAUGACACGGAGAGCCUAAAAGAGGAAGCCGACGAUCCCGUAAAGGCCGUGCUUUAUUUUCACCCCAGUUGGGUGUCCGAUACUCAGAAAAUAGCUUUAUGCGGACAACUGAUGGGGUCGUCCUACUUUUUGAAGGAUUGCUUUUUUAAGCCGCGCAUAAUCGCCUUACAGAAUGGUAAAUUUGUUUUCAAAGAGUUUGGCCGUUUCGUAUUGGCUGUCGGAACUGAUCGCAAUAUUUCCGAUUACCUGCUGCAAUAUCGUGCUGACUUGUUAUCAUCGCUGAUCAAGUUUUAUCAUAGAGACUUGCAAUUGGUCUACGAGCAGUUCCCUUUGCAGUCGCAGUACAAGAACUUGUCGCAAAAAUUAUAUCACAUAUUUGAAACAUAUCUUCAGAUUUUACAGUACAAUGGGAACAUAUUCAACUCGAGCAGCAGGUUGCGCAUACCCAAGACUGCGAGUAAUAUAUUUUUGGAGGCUAUACAAACACUGCAGUGUUGUCAACAGACCAAAGGCAUACUGGGCGGAGCGAUUUUGUACAAUAACAAAGUUGUUGCUUCACAGCUGAGUGAUUCGCUCACCAAACAUAUUAUACUUACUGAUCCUCUACACAUCAGAACAACGGCCGAACAAUUGACAACUACAGAGUUCCACAUUCCCAACGGAGUUCUUAUGCUGGUAAUAUAUCUGGAUGCAGCUCAAUUUCGGAAAUUGCAGUCGGAUGCUCAUAGGGCACAGCACUUACAGACGACUCAAUUGGGUGGUGCCGGUGCUUUACCCUUUCAGUACAGCAAAAGAAAGUUGAAAAGAGACAAGUCACUCAUAUUCACCCACAUACCGGAGGAAAAUGCUUCGCAAGCUAUAUCGGAGCAUCAUGAGGAGGAUGAAAUCGGUUCGACAACAACGGUGGUUAGGAGCAAAAGUAUAUUGACUCGUCCAACUCAUCUACCUCUGCGCGUGAAGAGUUUCUCUAACAAAGAACUACCGGAAUCGGGUAUAUCGUCGAUAAAUUUCGAUGAGACCGAUUCAUAUCCGGAAUACAUAGGUCGUGUUAGUGUAUGCUCAACGCCAAUGACCGAAAAUAAGGUGCUUGCAGUGGGGAAUAUAAUGUCGAUUUGUGCAAAUCCAGAGGAUGAAAGUAAUUCCAAUGGCAAGACCACGCAAGAGCUUAACUCAGUUCAUCUGACUAAUAGGCGCAAUUCAUUGAAGAAAGACUUUGAGAAAUUUUUCCACAAUUUUAUUUCGAACCCCAACAAGAUAGAGAGACGCAAUUCCCUGACGGACAUUCACGACUCUCUGAAAUCAUUUUCGAAAAAAAUAUCAUUGAAACAAAUUUCUCAAAGUUUCAAGACUGACUUUAAUCGCAAUGGCGGGGAGACUUCUCCCGACUUCAUUGAAAAUGGCGACGAAGACGAGGAGAGUUCGGACAAUUCCGAUGAUAACAAUAAAACAUCCAGAACCAUAACCGACCCCACCAACCCUGUAUUUAACGUGAAUGGCAAGCCCAUAUCAAGAAGCUUAUUCCAAGAAUUCCUAGACAAGUAUUACAAAUUAUGGGGUGAAGCCAGCGAAGACAGUAAACAAGAUGCAGAAAUAGCGCAGCUAAUCGAGGAAUUUAAAGAAUUCGACAACGAGCUUCAGAAAUUGGAUGAGUCGCUCAGAAAGACGUCAAGCAACAGUGCCACAAUUUCUAUCAAGCCAGACCGCAAUCUUAACCUAGAAGAUAGUGGGUCGUGCAACGUCCCGGUUGAUUCCUCUGCCCCUUUGACCGAAAAUAAAGUCAAGACGCCCUUAGACAAAAAAUCUAUGAGCUUACCUCUGAAGUCCUUUUCGGAAAGCUCUUCAUGCGUUGCGUCUCGCAAACCGGUAGGCGCUCCUCCUUUGACACCCCUCUUGGCCAAACUCUCCGUUUUAGCUUUGAACGAAGAACGUCCAGCUUGGGAUGCCACCCCAAGUGGCAACAUUGAGAUACAAACUCCGUUAAACACUUCCAAAUCGUUUGGAAGGCGAACGUCAGUUAAAUGUGAUGACGCUGUAGACGCCCUAGCUUGUAUUUCAUCCAACUCCGGCAACCCAGACGGCCUUCAAAGAGCAGAAUUGUACAUAUGCGGACAACAGAACAUGACCCUGCUGCUGAUUAUGGAAGAGGGUUGUUCCGAACAACCGAAGAUCGUUCAGAAAAUGUUCGACAUAUGCGUAGCUAAAUUUCCCCACAUGGAAUCUCAUCUCAGUCAAACUCUCAACAUUAACGUCGAGUGUGAAAAACGAGAUGGCAGCUACAGCUUCAUGUCCAUGGAUUCUAAGUGGGAUGCUCUCCAACGGAAUGGACCUUGGAAUCCAGUUGAAACCAGCACCAUAGAAUCUAUGCACCGUGACAUGCUGCAGAAUGACGAGGUGACCGAUUUGAUAAUACGAUCAUACGACUCGGUUUUUUAUGGCUAUAAGUCAGGACGCACUGAAAUAUUUUACAAGGAACCAGCUCGAGAAACAAAUGGCAUACCGCCGCCCUCAGAUCCAAUGGGGAGCGUCGCUACGAGGGCCAAAUUGAGAUUAGAACGGGAACAUUCCUAUAUAUUAUUUUAAGCCAUAAACAUAGAAAAGAAACCUGCAAUUACUGUUAACCAUAGAUGGGUUCAUUCCAAACAAACGCCGCCAAACACCAAACCAAUUCGUUGAUAAACGAUUUUAGAUAACA